AUGCUACGAAUAUUUGUCGAAAUAGCGCGUUUUAUUGCAAAAGCAAUUUUAUUCAUAGUAUCAGCAGAAAUAACUAUGAUUGUAUUAAUUGUUCAAUGUUGUUCAAUUAAAAAGCGCGUUAAUAUUUACCAAAAAGGAAGACAAGUUAGAAAAUAUGAAUCAAAAUCUAAAGUUCAACAAGAAGCAGCUUCACUUAAUUUCGAAAAAGUUUACAAAGCGAUGGGAAGAGACGUGGUAGCUACAAAUCCCAGUACUACUGUAAAUGAAACAAAAACGAAAAACGCUAAAUUGCAGAAGAAGCAGCAAGCAAACUUCAAACAAUCGCCUCCUUUGAUAGAAAAAUUACCGCAGGGAGAAAAUCAUUCAAUGGUAGUUGUAAUCGAAAACAAAAAAAUGGAUGAUGAGAAUGGAAUGAGUCCAAAAAUAAAUGGCCUGGUGUCGAUGAAGCCUGAACAGAAACCGGAAGUAAAUAAUUCAAUGGAGAAAAAGCUUGAACAAGAUGAUGCAAAGAAAUCUUAUAGUAUUGUAAAAGAAUCUAUGAGGUAUAACGACUCGAAAGAGAAAUGCAGAAACGAUUCUGAAACCUUUCCCAUUCUUUCUGCAACUCACUUUAAAGAAUCCGAUAAACAAUUGCUAGCCCAACAGAUGCUAGGUCUAGAAUCCAUACCUAGCAAGAAGGAAUCCGUUCAGGUUAAAGUCAUUUUAGAUGAUAAACCAGAGGCAUUAGAUUUUUCACGAGUUUUAUUAAAGAAAAAUGAAAAUGAUAAAGUAAAAAUGAAUGAAUUAGAAGGUAAUAAUCCAGUAUCUGAAGAUAAGGAAUCAGAAACUGGCGAUGAAUGA